GCCUCUCCCCGCCGCCUCCUCUAGCUCUCCGGUCAGAGGGCCGGAGCGAGAAGAUGGCGAAGACGUACGAUUAUCUGUUCAAGCUGCUGCUGAUCGGCGACUCAGGGGUGGGCAAGACCUGCCUCCUGUUCCGCUUCUCCGAGGACGCCUUCAACACCACCUUCAUCUCCACCAUCGGAAUUGAUUUUAAAAUCAGAACGAUAGAGUUAGAUGGAAAGAAAAUUAAGCUUCAGAUAUGGGACACAGCGGGUCAGGAAAGAUUCCGAACAAUUACGACAGCAUACUACAGAGGAGCCAUGGGAAUUAUGCUGGUCUAUGACAUCACGAAUGAAAAAUCCUUUGACAAUAUUAAAAAUUGGAUAAGAAACAUUGAAGAGCAUGCCUCUUCAGAUGUUGAAAGAAUGAUCCUGGGUAACAAAUGUGAUAUGAAUGACAAAAGACAAGUAUCAAAAGAAAGAGGCGAGAAGUUAGCAAUUGACUAUGGGAUUAAAUUCUUGGAGACAAGUGCAAAAUCGAGUACAAAUGUAGAAGAGGCAUUUUUUACACUUGCACGAGAUAUAAUGACAAAACUCAACAGAAAAAUGAAUGACAGCAAUUCAUCAGGGGCAGGUGGACCAGUGAAAAUAACAGAAAAUCGAUCAAAGAAGACCAGUUUCUUCCGUUGUUCGCUACUUUGAUGAACUCUUUCUAAGAGACUGCAGCACACAAGAGGACCCUUUCUUGCUUCUCUGAAAGCACAGGUCAUCCAGCCUCAGAAUCACACCGCCCAGCUGCUGCUGAGAGCACCACUCAAUCUAGACCUCUGGACACAAAAUACCAAGUAGAUUCCAGCCUCUCAGCCUAGCAAGUAACAGGCUCUCUUUCUCAAACAUGGAAGCAAUGAAGUGGAGACACAUGUGGGACUUAACCUUUUUUCUUUUAGUAUCUGUUGCAGAAGCUGCUAUCUUUCUUUUCACUUUGCACAUCAGUUUUAGUCUUUCCAUGUUACAGCACAAUCUUAGACUUGUUUUUGCAUAGUUUUUGUCUUAUGAAAUUCUAGACAGAUUUGUGCAUUUGGGAGUGUUUAAAUAGGAGUAGAACAUUUAAAGUAGAGGUUAAUGUACUGAAAUUAAAGGACAUUUGGUAUGGUUCUUAUCACCAAAUGUUAUUGCAUUUGUAGCAUGUAUUUAACGGCUCUGAUGUGUGAUUUUCUUAAAUAAGAAUCAUUAAAUUCUGAUAAAGUUUAUUUUAAAAAUUCAUAAAAAUGCCCAUCUAUUCCUCAGAGGCCACAGUUUAUUUCUUCAAAUUGCUUAGAGCUUUGCUUCAUUCCCAACCUUUUUGCCACAGAGUAUCUGGGUAGUUGAAAAAUCACUUUUUAAAUUGAUUACCUCUGCCUAAUCUAUAAAAACUGCAUUUGGGAAUCACCUUAAUCUCAUUUUUCUUGGGGUUUGUAUUUACUAUUUUUUCCCAUCUUUGAUCUAUUGUAAUUAUUCAGUUAUCUAAAACAUAACAUAUUUGGACAUUGUUGUCUGUUUCUAAUUGUGAACUUCUUGAGCUGGAAUUUUAUAUAGGCAGACAUACCAUUUAGGUUUUAUUUCAGCAUCUCAUUGUAGUUCUUUUGCAUCAGGAUACUCAAUAUGUUUUUUCUUAGGUUCAAACCCUCAGCUUCCUGGUUUGGUUGUAAUACUCAGUUCUUAUCAUAAUCCCUGUUUUGCAAAUUAACAAGAGUUAGAUUUAGUCAUUUUAGUUUGCAGAAAGCUUACCUAUAGGGUGAGAGAUUAACUUGUUGAAAUAGAUUUCAUAAAGAUAGCUUUUGGUAAUAGUGAAAAUAACAAAUUUUUGAUUCUGUUUUUAUUGAGGGAGGGGGGUUAUUUUAUAAGAAUAAUUAGAGCUAAUGCAGCCUCUAGGAAAAGUCUUGCCUUUUCACUAGAGAAAAUGGUUUCAGUUUUAAACCAUUGUUGUUGAAUACUGGAACAAUUCUAUCUGUUCAGGUUUUGUUGUUAGAGAGCUUGGUCCAGUCAUUUGGACCAAAUGCAACUAAAAGCUUAGCUGCCUUUCUCACUGGACACUGUUACUGGUAUACUUUUUGCAAAUGAGACCAUCAUAGAAGGAAAAAAAAAAGGCAUUUAUGUUAACUUAUGUGCCAAAUUCAGAUCAUUAUGUCAUUGCUAUUAUUCUAGCCGUCGUGUCAUAACAUGGAAGGGAAUAAUAAAAAGGUGAUAGGGAAAUAAUUCUGUUAAUAAUUGUUUUUCCUGGUACGCCUAUUUUGCUUCACAAGGUUACCAUCAUGCUUGAUAGUUAAGAAUAGGGAAUGGAAGAAAUGGAUUACUUGUUACCACAGAGAAUUCUGCUUCAAAUUAAGAUAUGUCAUUAGAAUGCUUGGACCAGUUAAACUUUCCAACUUGUCUGAAAAUUUAUGCACAAUUUAGAGGCAGUAAAUAUACCAGAGCUAAUUUUUGAUAGAUACACUAAACCUACUGUUGACAAAUUUCAGCCUUCCUGAUUUUUUUUUGUAGUUACCUAUAGGUUUAAAGGCACCUGUGGCUGUCCCAAUAUAAUCAAUAGUUCUCUGAUUGAAAGUUGAUUGUAAGUCUACCAUUUUUGAAUUAGACACAUUUUUGAAAAAUAAAAAAUAAUUUGUUAGAAACAUCCUGUAUUCACUAAUUUUCUGAAAAAGAUCCAAGCAAUUGAGCUUUCUGGAUGGUAACAAUGUACUUUCUAAAAGGCAAGUGUUAUGACGCCAUGUAUGAAUGUAAUUCUGUUAGUAAUUUACCUCUGACUAUUUGGUGUCUUAACACUUGGUUUAUAUCUCAGGGGUUGUCUGCAAACCAAAACUGACAUAUUCUGUGGUUAGCUUUUUUUUUUUUCUUAAUACAAAAUCCUUUGCCUUUGUUAUUAUUUCUUUUCUCUUCUCUUAUGUGAUAUAGGUUAACAACUAGUCUCCAAGAACUUCCCUUUGAAAGAGCCUGUAAAAAGUUAAAUGAGUCUAAUAGUGCUCUUUGAAGUAGCAGCAAAUUGGGAGUAUAUGCUCUGUUAUAUAGAAAUAAAAUGUCAUUGCUAUUUUCUUACAUUUAGCUUUGCUAAAUUGUAUAUAAUUUGAGCUAAGACCAUAGGAAAUUCACUUUCUGCAUGGUAAAAUGACCCAAUAAAUAUUCCACUUUGCUUAAUAAUGUACAUAUAGUGCAUUAUUUUUUCUAUUUGCAGAUGAAUUUAGUGACAGAUAAUUGUCUGUUCCCUGCUGAAACUGAAGAAUUCUAGUUUUGUGUGAACAUUUUUGUGGUCUUAUGGAUAAGGUACAUGAAGAUUUUUGCAGCAGUAUUAGUGGUUCAGUGGCUGCACUUUAUUAUCAGUGUGCUAAUUUUUGACAAUGAUUGGACUAGACCUUUUCAAUAGAGUCUGAGAGUAUCAGACAAUGAAAAUGUGCUGUAACUAAGUAGCAUGUAAAUCGGUUGAUUGUAAAAUGUUUCACUGGGAACUAUUUUAGCUAUAUUUUACUUCAGACAGAGUAUGAUAAAAUAAUCCAACCUGUGCAUCAGUUAGUAGGUGCUGCAGGGUUUCUUACUAUUUACAUAAACAUUUUGUGCGGUCUUUGUUGUAAAUUUUCAGAAGACUAUACUCUUUACUUUGAAGGACUAUUUUUUAAUUAUACCUCAUUUAGCUAACUAGUAUUCUAAUACCUGGUAGAAAAACAGUGAGCCAGCCUUUAAGCAUCCUGCAAAAUCUAGAUAUGUUUGUUUUGAAGUAAAGGCAUCAUUGGGAUUAGUUUAGAAUAGAACAUAUUUGUCAUAUCCAAUAGUGGAAAAAGUAAUCUCUCCCUGUCUCUAUUAAUAAAUUUAGCUGUGCAAUAUAGAUAAAAUUUUGCAGAAUUUUUUAAGUAACAGAUUAUAACUCCGUUUUACAGGUUCUAGAUGCCAAGAAUCUGUAUUAAGGUUUAUAAAUUUCUUCGUUAUUAGUAAGUGAUAUGUUUAGGCAGAAUCUUUUUCCUAAUUCAUGACUUAGAUUCCUUUAUAAAUUUAUUCUUAGUCUUUAAAAAUGAGCUUCUAAGCUUAAAAUUUUAAAACUGCAUUUCAUUAUGUUGUUUUAUUCAUUUCUGUAAUCAAUUUUUUAGAAAUUUUUUUAACAGAAAGGACAUUUCUUUUUCCUUCUUGUCACAUUCAAAGAAGAAAAAAAAAGUGUGUCUAAAAAUGAAAUCCUUUGACUUAGAGGAAAUUAGAGAGACAGACUAUGCUAAUAAUAUUUCAAAUUCUAGCACGGUUUUGCAGUAGAAGCAAUCUUUUUUUUUAGAUUAAUAAAAUUAAUGGGUGUCAUGUUCACUAUGAAAACAAUUUAAAUCACUGAAAUGUACAGAAAUGAAAAUUAGCAGUUAUUUCAGAGAUAUUUUCAGAUAUUACUUCAUUUCUUGAAAUUUUGUGCCACAUUCAAUUGCAUUUCUUGUUGCCAAGAAUUGAUUUUCUUUCAUUUUCUUACCUUUAUUUUUUAAUGUGAAUUUAAUUAUUGUAGUUCAUUCCUAUGGCCUUUUACACUUGGGUUUUAUUUUGUGUGCAGCUGAAACUGCAGUUCCUUUAAUGCAAAAUACCAUAAACUGAGUAAAAUCAUGCCCCUAAGGGAAAGUAUCUAGUUUUCCCAAAGAAUUAUCUUAACUGUGUGUGUUUAAGCAUAUUUUAUUUUUGCUCAAUGGCUUAUUGUGAAAAGCUCCUGCAGAUAAAGUGGAACUGUCACGUGGUUACACUUGUUUAAGCCAAUUCAUUAACUGUGUACUGAUACCAAUGCUGUUUUUUUUAAAUAACAAUGGAUUUUAUUCCAGGUGAACUUUUUUUACAAUAAUGUUCAUCUAAAAUAAAGAGUACAUAAUGAAAAUA